AAGAAAAAAAAAAAAAAGACUGGGGAACAACGAAGUGUAAAUUAGGCUUUCACCUGGAAAGCAUUCAAGGCUGGACACAAAUUUCAGAAGCAUAGACAUUAUAGGUAGUGUAGGAGAAUAAUCUCGAAAUGAUUAGAGCCUGAAUUACAGAUUUUGAGGUAGCAAUAGCUGCAAAUUCCACCCCUCCAAAAAAAAAAAAGAAAGAAAGUGGAACAGAGCCAAAGACUAGUUUUAGAAAAGGUAGGGCGACAAGUAUUUGCAAGAAGUACUUGAAAGGAAGUACUUGCAAAUGAGCAUCAUUUUUAGAAUUCAGACUGAGAUGGAUAGGUAUAUAUAUCCCCACUGGAAAAGCUGUUUUUAUGCUCAGUGUGUUAAUUCCCCAGGUCAGUAAGGUGCAUCCCAACGUCCUCGGCAUACUUGGGCAAUCAGUGUGUGGUGACAAGCCAGGAAUUGCUCACGGUUUUAGCCUUGUCAUCCUUCCUGUAACGGUCCAUUUUGUCCACAUCGGGAUUCCUAGGUUUCCAAGUCUCUUCCUUGACAUUCUCAGAGGUCUGCCUUUGGGGCCUUCUUGAACGGCUCUCAAAGCAGCACUUGUUUCUCAGAGCUGUCCUUGUCAUGUGCAGGUGUAUCAUGGAAAGUGUAGGAAUUUAUAGAAUGGCUGAGAAAGCAUCACCAUGAGAAAUAAAACCUUUAAAAAGUAGAAAACUGAGAUGAAAUAAAAGACAACACAGUAUGUCCUCUGUUGUCUUAAUAUCCUUUGCAUAAUGAAAUCUGCCUGCAUUUAGGUUUAGGAGGAAAUGCAUGUAUCAAAAAAUGUAGCUGCAUUUUCAAGGUCAGAAUGUAGAGUUUGGAAGAAAAUGAUGGAGCAGACGGUGAGCUCCUAGGAAAAUUAAGUCAGCCAGCUCUCCCCAGAUGGUCACCUUUCUAUUGUUUUUUGUAGUUUGGGAAUUAGGCACCUGUGUUUUCUUCAACUCAGAGCCUGUCAUGUGAAUUCUUUGAUAUUUUAAUUGCAAAUAAAACUAAUUAGUUCUGAUUUUUUUCACCACAAACCCCUCAUUUUUAAUUCGUAUUUUUUCUUGGAAUGAAAUAAUACUUAUAUGUUGGAGUUCUUAAAAUGCUUAUUUGAAUUUUCCGACUUAUUGCCUGGUAUAAUAGUGGUUCAACUCAUACAAAGGGUUUCUUUUUGCCCUUCUCAGGAAACUGGCUUGAGUAACUUUUAAGAACUAGUCAAUAACACACAUACACAUAUCUAAUACAUACAUAUAUAUUCCUAUAGCAUGCAUUUUUAAAGAAGAUCUCAGAGUCAUGGUAAAAAUAACCAUGUUGAUUUCAUAUUGAAUUUAGUUUAAAAUGUUCCUGGAAUGUGACAGCCAUCUACCCCCUGUACAAAAGAAGGAUGUAAUUUCGUUCAAUACACAGUGAUUUUCAGGUAAACAGUGUGCUUUUCUCAGUCACUGCUUUCAAACUUCGAUGGCCUUUGAACUGCCAUUCUGUCAUUGAAACGUCAGGUAAAAAUAGGCUCCAUCUAUCAGUGCUUAUAAACCAGCGCAAUUUCCUCUGUUGCAUUGUUUAUAUGCAUCAAUUAAGGGUUGACAUUGAGAUGCGUAUAGAAGACAAGGGAUCCCUAAGAGAGACACUGGUCAUCCUUUUCCUCACCUGUCAGAGAAACCCUUGAUAAAUGUAGCAAAAAUAAAUGUGUUAAAAGCAUUAUCAUAAUGUGAUGAAGUUCUUGCACCUGAGUUAGGAUAUUCAGUGUAGGUGUCACUAAAAUAAGAUAAAACUACUCAGUAAAUUAUGACAGGAGCAGCUUAUGUUAAUACCACUUGAAAAAUAAUGCCUUUCAAAUUAAACUUGUUUAUGUAUGAGUAAUUUGUUUUGCAUUUUAAAGUGUGAAUCAUACUCAGAUUUAAGGAUUGGGAUAUUAUCUUAUUCAAAAGAUAAAACAAAGCUAAGCUUAUUUUAUUUAAUCUUCUCUCAAAUGGAACAAAACCCUGCUUUUUACCAUACAUUUAAGACUCUGUUGAACAAGUCGUGUCAGGUUUAUUGCAUUUGCCUGUUUAGUUUGAAUCAUUUAGAUCCUAAUGAGUCACGAACAAGAAAAGGGACAAGUAUAAUUUUAAGGACAUCUAGAGGUCUAUGGGAUUAAAUCUUUUCAUCUGACAGGAAAAUAUUGUUAUUUUAAUUUAAUAUGAAGUUGUAGCAUCUGUUUUUACCCAAGUAAAUGAUUUGUUGGUGAAUUUUAAAAUGAACUCCUCAUCUGUAGUCUAUAACCCAGCCUGCAGACUUCAUCUCCCAGAACUUCUAAAUCCUAAAGUUAAAUAUUAAGUAAAAACAAACAAACAAAAAUCACUCUUUGAGAAUGACCGUUUUUAUAAAAGUACCUGUCUCAAAAAAAAUGACUUCAGAGAAAGAAUUCAGAGAAUAAACAGAAUACAUGCUUUAACAAAUAAAUAUCAGAGAAAAUCAAGAAAAUACUAAACUGAUAUGAAAGAGAGACAAUCAAAAAGAGAAAGUUUGAAAAAAGAGGUGGGAGAUGCAAAACCAGGGGAAAGUUGGAAUGAAAAUGUUAAAUCGUAUUAAAAAUAACCAUUAAAGUGGAAUUCAAGCCAAAAUAAACGUGACGAAGCAUGAUAUUCAUAGAGUAACAUUCCUAAGAAUCUCGUAGGAUCCUAAACCUUUCCAUGCCUAGGAAGAGUUCAGCAGUACAUGUUCAUGGGGCAGAAACUGUUAGCGGGAGCAAUUAGCAAUUAAUCCAACUUCCUCAGAAAUUGACUGCUGAUAAAUAGACAGUGAGAAGUAAGACUAUUUGAACUUUCAGUAAAUCGCUUAAGCUGGAGCCACACAUUUUACAUAUGUCAGUAUCUGUAUUUAUUAUUUACAACAUCUGUGGAAUAUUUGCCAUGUAUGGCUCCAAAAAUGUUGAAAUCCAAAAUGAGAAUUUACACAAGCAAUUUUCUCUGAUCAAUAUAUGACAGGAUCAGAAAGUAAAGUAUAAUCCUCUUAAAAACUUUCUCUUGGAAAACAUUUUGCUCUAAGCAGUAAUUACUUUCACAAAUCAAAAUUCAUUGGUCGACUACAAAGAAAUGAUCAAAAGAAGCAAAAUGUUGCUGCAGUGGUAGUCUGAGAAAAAAGUAGGGUCAUUAAAACACACACACACAUAAAUCUAAGUAACUGAUAAAGAAGGAAAUAGUAUGGGUAAAAGCAGGUAUUACUAAAUAAAUGACAAUGAAACAAAAUAUGUUUAAUUAAAUCAAAUGCUAUGUCUUUGAAAAGACCAAUAAAAUGAAUAUAUUUUCAAAGUUGGUCAAUGGAAGAGCAGCGAUAUUUAUGUUGAAAUGAGAACUAGAACAUAGCUAUGGAUACUGAAAUUUUUAAAAGAUGAAGUACUAUACAAAUUUUAAGCAAAAAAAUGAAAAUUAAGAUGAAAUGUACAUUGUAGGACCACAGACAUGCUUAAAAUUGACCAUGAGGUGGUGGAAAAUCAGAAAAGCCCAAUAACAAGAAAUCGAAAAGCUAAAACUUUUAUCUUUGAUAAGAAAGAUCCAGGUUUUGGUGAAUGUACAAAGAUGUGUUCUUCAAAUAACAGAUACUCCUAAAAUAUUUUAACUAUGCCAGAGCAUGUUAAAAUUAAUGGAAAAAUACUUGGUAAGUCAGUAAGUAAAAUACGAGAUAGAAUUCAGUUAAUCAUAAUGUAAAGGCUGAUCAUAAAAUUAAAAUUUUAGGAGUUCCCAUCGUGGCACAGUGGUUAACAAAUCGACUAGGAAUCAGGAGGUUGCGGGUUUGAUCCCUGGCCUCGCUCAGUGGGUUAAGGAUCUGGCGUUGCCAUAAGCUGUAGUCAGGUCACAGAAGCAGCUCAGAUCUGGCGUUGCUGUGGCUCUGGCACAGGCCGGCGGUACAGCUCCGAUUGGACCCCUAGCCUGGAAACCUCCAUAUGCCUCGGGUGUGGCCCUAGAAAAGGCAAGACAAAGAAACAAACAAACAAACGAUAAAACUAAGAUUUAAAGAAAUGAAAUCGCCAUUAUACUCCUGGUUAAAAUCUUAGUAAAAGAAUGAUUUUAGGAUUUAGAGAAAAUGAAAUAGCUCCUGAAUCUUAUGCUAAAGUUAGAUUAUUUUGAAUCAUCUUUGAAAGUUUUUAAUUUUAGAAGGCGUGAUUAGUGAUAGUCUUGAUUACAUAAAUAAAAUGUUUUUUCAACAAAGAAAAUAUCUAAAGCAUAGGCCUGAAUUUAGUAUUUACUCUAUAAACCUCUCUAAGGAGUGAAUUUAUUUUAUAAUUAGGUGAAAAAAGUAUUCAGGUUUGUUUUUUGUAAUCUUAAAUUUAUCAAUACAUCGUAUAGCUGUACUUACGGCCAAGUAACGCCUCUGUUAGUUACUAUUAGUUUGCUAUACAAAUGAAAUAAUUUACUAGACAAUUCUUUUUCCUUCUCUAUUCCAAAAAUUUGGUUUAUGAAAGGAACAUCAAUGGAAAGCAGCCCCAGGAAAUCUAAUGUAAUGAGCAGAAACUCAUUAUUUCAUGAUUUUCACUGGGAAUUUUAAAUCAUCUUUUGUACAGCUGGAUAGUAGUCAUGUUUUCAACAACCGCUCACCACAGGUUUCUGCAAACACAGAGCUUCGCUUUGUCCUCUAAUCAUCUUUUAAAGACGUAGAUAGCACUGCACUAACCUCACCUUACAAUUCUCAGAGUAACUAAGAAACCAAAUGACAGGAUGAUACAGUAGUGAUGAGGUAACAGAGGAAACAUAUUAUUAAGUAGCUUGAUAGCAGAAUAAUAUAUCAAAGUGUCAGUUUAGAUAAAAACAUUCAUCCGUUCUCUAGUAUAGGAGAUAUUUGAAACACGAAAUGUUCAAUUUGUAAGGUUUCUUUAUAAUGAGCUCUUUGAAAACAUCCAACUUGAUUGGGUGUCUCUUCAGCAAUUUCUUGAUAAAAUCUUCUCCUUCCAAUUUCCUGAGCACCAUGAAAAAGGGAAUUAGGAUGUGUUAGUAAUAAUUACCAGGGGGAAAAAAACUCCAAUUUGACGUUAGGCACAGGUGGAAUCACGAACCAAUGUACAAUAAAAGUUUGGUUAUUUUUAAUGCACUGUCAGGGAAAUACCCUUACAAUCCGUAUCAUUUUGUGUCUAGUAUUUUAAAAUACCAGACAGCAAUUAUUUAACUAACUUUUAUUGAGAAAACAUUGGACAGAUAAGGAGUUAUGGAAGGAAAGGCAAAAUGCAUAGAUUUCAGUUUAACGUUAAAUUAAAGCUCUGUGAAAGGUGUGUUUGUUCUUUCAGCCAACGGCGUCUAAAAUCAGCUGAGGCCGUAGGUGAAGUGCCUGGAAGGGGGAGUGUGAACGGACAGGCCGUGGCUGGUGAUGCACUUUGGAGAUGUUGCCAGAGCAAUUGAAUUACUGGAAAAACUACAGGAAUCUGGAGAAGUACCAGUGCACAAGCUACAAUCCCUCAAAAAAGUGCUUCAGAGUGAGUUUUGUACUGCUAUUCGAGAGGUGUAUCAAUAUAUGCAUGAAACGAUAACUGUUAAUGGCUGUCCCGAAUUCCGUGCCAGGGCCACAGCAAAGGCAACAGUUGCAGCUUUUGCAGCUAGUGAAGGCCACUCCCACCCUCGGGUGGUCGAACUGCCCAAGACGGAUGAAGGCCUUGGUUUUAACGUGAUGGGAGGAAAGGAGCAAAAUUCCCCCAUUUAUAUCUCUCGCAUCAUUCCCGGAGGGGUGGCUGAAAGACACGGAGGCCUCAAGCGAGGAGACCAGCUGCUGUCAGUGAACGGAGUGAGUGUGGAAGGGGAACACCAUGAGAAAGCCGUGGAACUCCUCAAGGCUGCUAAGGACAGUGUCAAGCUGGUGGUCCGAUACACCCCAAAAGUCUUGGAAGAAAUGGAGGCUCGAUUUGAAAAGCUCCGGACAGCGCGGCGUCGGCAGCAGCAGCAAUUGCUAAUUCAGCAGCAGCAACAGCAGCAGCAGCAACAAACACAGCAAAACCAUAUGUCAUAGGUCCUUGAAGCAAAGCUCUUUGAUGCAACACCCUAUAGUCACCACUUUGCAACCGUGCUUCAGAAUCCCAGCACAUAGUCAAGGAGACAACACUGAUAAUUAUACCCGUCAGCAAACUGUGAACACGUGGUGUGUAAAUUCUUUACCAAGGCAACUCGACACCUUCUCUCUCUGGGGCUCAACCCCCGCUGCUCAUGUGCUCUUUACACACACAGACCUUCCAUUCACUGCAGUGGGACUUCUCAGUGUGUAAAGGGAGUGGUUUUCCAGUCUGCAGACUGAAACAGUAUACGAAUAAAGUCCAUGACUUUCCGAUAAAUCACCAGGGCCAGGGUUAAGGGCAUCUUGGGUCUUACAGCUUUUCCAGAGGUGAACACAUCCCUCUUUAGACUCGUUCAAACUGCAUCAGUUCAAGGUCGUCGCCACUUAAUGGAAACCUACACACUGCUCCCCAUCCUGACCUGCUCCACAUCUGUAUUGCUGGGUAGUCUAAAUGAGAAUUCCAGUUACGUGCAAAUUCAGCCUCUGUUCUCCUCUUAAAAAUGGCAAGUUAUUAUACCAUAUUCAUACUCUCUUCAGGUUCUAGAAGCAACCGGCUUUUUAUUUCCUGUUUCCAUGCAUUUUAUUAUGCAUUAAUGGAGUGGGGCAAUUUCAGCACAACUUUUAGUUGGUUAGAAGCAAGGAUAGCGAACUCUAGUACCGUAUUUUUUCUUUAAGUCUUGCUGUGUCUAAUUCUAACAGAAUACAAUACCUGUUUAUUCCACACAAUAUAUAUUAUCAAAGUGCAUUUGUUACAACCUUAGGUCUUUUCUUACCAAGUAUUAUGAAUCUGGGAAGAGAUUACUAGCAAAGGACCUGGCUUCAUGAACUGGUCCUCAUAUGAUAUUUAUAUGUAACCCUGCUCUCAGUACUUUUUGUUAAGUUUUAUAUUUUUGAUUGAUAAACUCCGGAGAAAUCUAAAUGCUUUUUACCUACAGUAAUGUGCUAUCAUAGAAGUCUAUUUGACACUUUAAAGCUUAGGGCUUACAAAACUAAAUUAUAUAUAUGUGUGUAUAUAUAUAGAUCACACAAAAAUAUACGUGAUAAAAUUUAGAUCAGUUUCCCCCAAUAUAAACUGGAUAUUUUUGGCAAUCAAAGAUCCAAAAUUAGGCAUAUGGAAACCAGUGAUAUUAAUAUUGUGAAUGAAAAGAUGCUGCUGCUCCUAGGGUAAAAGUGUACAUACUUCAUCAUACACAUUCAUGAAGGUAAACGGACAAUGAUAUAGCAUCUUUCAGCAAGUAUCAUUCACUGGGAUACGAUUGGUUAGUCACCUAUACUGAUCAUAACUUUUGACAUGGUGAAUCUAGGCAUAUAAAUCUGAUUUUACAUUAUGGAAUUAACAGGAAGCAGUAAUUAUUUGGGCACAUAAACACCUUAGCCACACAAAUGCACUGAAAAAAAGAAUAUCCAGUUGAAACAUUCUAGAUAGAUCAUUAAAACUGAGGCAAAUAUUUCCAUAUUCUCUUUGAUUCUCCAAGAGACAAUAAGUUUCACAUUUUAGAAAGUCCCUCAAAUUAGAAAUUCACAAAGCUCAGUUUAGGAACUGCUUUCUUGAAUACAACCAACUGGAACAUUCUGCCCUGUCAGGUGGUAUUAUUGUCAAUGCCAGGCUCUGCCUACUCUUCCUAGUCUAUCACUCCGCAGAGGACAAACAGCCAGGAAAGCAGGAGGUGUACCAUUUUCAGCAGUGCCCUGCUGUGGUAACAGAUUCCCAUCCUUGAAUACAUAUCAUUUUUUACUAGAGAGAACCGGGGGGGAGGGCAAGGGUAAGGACCCUGAAUGUUAUGUAAAAUAGGUUUACAAAAAAAAAAAAAAAGAUAAGCAUGACUAAAGGGAAUGAGUGGAGAAUACAUGAGUAUUAUUCAGUUUGAAAGAGUCCUCAUUUUUAUAAGAAAAAUUUAAGAAAACAUAUAUUUUAGUUAUCAUUUAACAGAAACUACUAAAGCUAUUCAGGCUAUGCCACAGAUUCUCAUAAAGGGAAAUCACUGCAGCCUCUAAUGAGAAAAUGGUCAUUUCAACACAUCCCAGUACAUUGUAUAAAUUUGGAGCUUAAGAUAUGUUUCCAUUAAUACUAAAUUAUCAUGUUCUCACGUCAAUAUAAAUUCUGUCAUGGCAUUACAGAAGCAAUUAUCAAGUGAGCAGAUAAUUUAUAUUUGUGUUUUCUAGAAGUCUUUGUAUUUAAUGCUUCAUUUACAUCACUUUCAAGUGCCAAUAAAUGUAUGCCAAGUCCUUCGUCCAAGUGAAGGGGCACUCCAUCACACCUAAGGCAUCUCAGGACACUUUACACGUCACACUUGUCCUACAUACAAAUGACCAGCCAAAUGGCCAAUUUUCUUCAGUAACUAGUUGUUGAAACGUAAGCCUGCCCUUAAAGUUUUAAUCGAAAGUAGUCAUCCCCAAGUUUUAGGCACCUUGUGUUCUCUAAAGGUUCACUGAAGCCAGAGGGAAGGAAAAGAAAAAAGCAAUGACCGCAACUUAUAUUGAUGCUCUUUAUUAUUAAUGAUCAGAUCAGAACCCCUGACAGGUCCUAAAUCAUACUAAAAUGAGGACAUAUCAGGUUGCUCUUGCAUGGAUCUCAAUCUUUAAUGUCAGAAACAAAUGAGAUAGUGAAAGAGGAAAAAUCUGUUGUGACUCUUCAUCAGUGAUCCUGGUGAAUUUUAGGUCUUCCCCUUGGUCAGGUUGGUGGCCAGACUUUUCUAAGCUCUUUCCUACUGUGAUUUUAAAGGCAAGUACACAGAGCAAAAUUCAGUAGAAAAAUACCCGAACCUUUUCAUUGAGGCAUUUACAUUUCGAUUCUGUUGCCAUUUGAAAUAGAACAUCCACAGGGAGAUAAUGAGCUUAAAUUACAAUUGACUUUGGAAAGAAUAACAGAUUUUGUGCUUCCUCAAUCAUGUAAUCAAUAGGGAAUUCUCUAGUUAUGUGAACUACCACUAUCUCUUAAGACAAUGCUAAGAUCUAAAUGCAAAAUCUAUCAUUCAGGAGGGUUUUAAAGAAUUCAGGGCUAUCUCUGAAGAACUUGGCUCCAGAUGGAUUACCCCAAUUUACAACUGCGGGUUUCAGCCGUGACGAACUGAUCUGAUCUCAGUUCAUUUGACUCGGCUGUGCCCAUAGGACUCUGAGACAUUGGAGUACUUUGUCUGCAUUAUUUUUUAACAUCAGUAGAUAUUUGUGGAUGUGCGAAUAAUGCCUGAACGUCUCAUCUUUUUGCUAGUUUAUGUUUAUCACCACACACAGCCUAUUAGUAAGACCAGCUUUAGCAGCAGCAUGAAGUAGAGAUCAAAGGUCUGACGAUUCAGGGAGGCCAAUGUAAAGCAAAAUCUCCCAAAAUAUGGGGUAGUCCUACCCAUCUCAUUCCUUUCUAGAUCAUAAAAUCCAUCAGAAAGCGCUACAACUGCCUUGUGGACUGAAGUGUCCCUGGCAACUGGGAUAAUACCAGCACGAUGGAAGCACUCAGUCAGUAUUUGUUGAAUGAAUGAACAAUUGAAUAGGUGGAUAGACAGAUAACUGAAUUCUGCCUUUUGAUAACUGGAAAAAAUUCAGCAAUUGAUGUUAUACUAAUUGGCACUACAGUUUCUACACAGAACCAGAAUUGACUCUUCAUAAAUAUUUUUUAGAGAAGUGAAUCAAUGACUUUGAAGUCUUUAAGGGUUUGGGAAAAUUUAGACAGGAGUAAAGUUUGAGGAUUCAGACAAUGAAUAAACAAAUGAAUGAAUGAAUAAAACUCAACCUUUCUAGUUAUCUCUGAAUUAUGUGACAAGGAUGGACUAAACAUGCAAUUCCACUUUUAAAUUUAGUAAAAUAUAAUGUUUUCAUUUAAAAGAAAAUUCACAUCAUCAAGCAUAUUAUUCGUGCCCUUUUCAACAUUAACAACUUUUCUUUAAGGCUUUCAUUAUCAUUGGAAACACCAUCUCUAAAUCUUUUCCUGCCUUCAAAAGAUCACUUCUACUUUUUUUUUUUUUUUUGCCUUUUCUAGGCCGCACCCAUGGCAUAUGGAUGUUCCCAGGCUAGGGGUCUCAUCGGAGCUGUAGCCACCUCCUACGCUAGAACCACAGCAACGCAGGAUCCAAGCCUUGUCUGCGACCUACACCACAGCUCACAGCAACGCUGGAUCCUUAACCCACUGAGCAAGGCCAAGGAUCGAACCCACCACCUCAUGGUUCCUAGUCGGAUUUGUUAGCCACUGAGCCACGACAGGAACUCCCACUUCUCCUUUCUUAUUUGAUUCCUAGAAUGUACCUGAGCUAAUAAUUAAUCAUGUUGCAAUUAAGAAUUUUCCAUGUGUUCAUUCAUCAAACAAAUAUUUAAUGCAUACCUAGCACAUACUAGGUUAUGGAAAUACAAUGGCAAAAAAAGACAUACGGUGCCCCCAUGGGGAUUGCUAUGAGGAACUCCUCAAAGCUGAUUCUAGCAAUAACUACAGUUUACUGUCUAUUGGGUCCCUUUUCAGAGCUGACAGAAGAAAUGAAAUCCCUUACCCCAUGGAAAUCAUGAAAGGCUCUCUGCACAUAUUUAUGUGAGCUUGCUUUUCUAAAUACACCACUCAAAAAUGCUGCUCAGUUUAUCCAUACACAAUAGUUAUACACCAGUGAGGUAAGUACUAAUUUAUUCCUAACCAACACUUAUUUAGCUAUUACUAGGUUCUACUGUGCUCAGCACAUUCAUAGACUAUCUCACUGAAUCCUUUCAACAACUCUAGUAGGUUCUAUUUUAUAGACAAGAAAACUGAAGCACAGAUAUGUGACUUGCCCAUGGUCACACAGCAGACGGAACUGGGAUUUGAACCCAUGCAGUAUAACAGGAGUUCGUGUGUCUUAUCAUUAUCUGUGGCUUGGGGGGACACCAUUACAUUAAAAUAAAUGUCAUUAAAAUGGGUCACUGUAUAUAAAAGUACUUUGAAAUUGUAAAGUAGUAUACAAUAAGAUAUUAGUAAAAUAUUACAAUCAACAGAACACAUCAGUGGAAGAAAGAGAGUGAAAACUCAAUUUUAUGUUACAGCUAACUCUGAUGAGGAUGUUUCAAGCCAGAGAAAUGGAUAAAGGACAGAUCCAGAAAGUUUAUGGCAUGUGAUAAAUAUUGCAAUGACUUUUCAGAAGUAUCAAUUGUUAGACACUGUGUCUAUUUGGUGCUACAAAAAAAAAUGAACAAAACAAAAUCCCUUGCUAUAAGGGCUUAUAAUAAACACACAGUGUGGAGAUGAAUCAAGGAUAUUUCACAUUUGGGGGAAGGACUGGGUGGUAGUACUAUUUUCUCACCAUUGCAUGUGAUCUUGUCUUUCUAAUUGUUUUUCAUUAUUUUUCUGAAAGAGCUGCAAAAUUGUGCAGUGGUUCAACCUGACCAAAGUGGUAUUAUGCUGCUGGGAAGUAAAAGUACUAGAUACCAGA